UGAAUUUGUCUUGUUGCAGCUCUGAGCCUGUAAGAUGGCUGUCUGAAUCGGCAGCGGCUGGAGGAGACAGAGAGAGGCGGGGAGGGAGGGAGAAAGAACUGGAGGGAUUGCUGGCAUAGUGCAUGUUUUUAAAUGUGCGUUGAAUCCGAUGAAGCCAAGGUCAGGAUUUCUCUGGGAUCCCGGGACUGGCUUAGCUGCAUUUUUGCUGAGAUUAGGAGAGGAAAGAAAUGGGAAAUUCACUGGGCUGUGUUAAGGAGCCGAAAGAGUCAAUAGCUAUUCCUGAGAAGGCUCCCAUAUCUCCUAAGAAAAGGGUUCGGUUCAAAAGGAAGUGGAGGGGGAGAAAAAUCCCUACUCCAGAGGCAUCUCAUGAGGAAGAACCCUUGGAAGGAACUGGAGUCACUGAAGAGACUGAAACCCUAACGAAGUUAACAGUGAGUCUCCGAACGGAGGAGGACAGAGUGGGAGGGGUAGAGCGUACCCCUCCAGACGUUUUGCUGCCUGGGGACUCAGCCCCCAACUCAAGGGUGGGUGAUCAGGGGAUGAUAGUGCAAGUGAAGGAGAGAUUCCAAGCGGAGAUCCAGACUGCUCACCUUUUGUUAGAGAAUGAGUCAUCAGUUGCUGGAGGGGUCUGGGAUUCCCUGGAAGAGGGGAUGACAGUCAUUGCUCACCUGCGUGAUAACCCAGCGGAAAGGAACUGCGAGAAGUCAGUCAGCCAACUGGUGGAAUUUCCGAGGACAGCAUCCUGCAGGAGCAGGGCUGUGCUGCUUCCUUUGCAAGGAGAGACUGCAGUGGAAAAAGGAAGUACUCUACUUGGGUUUCGGAGCAGCACUUUGCCUAGGACAGACUCCCCCAAUGACACAGGAAAUCAAGACCAACUUUCAGAGGGCUGGAGUGUGGGGGGACGAACAAAGAGUAUUUCAAGUGCCCCUCAGACAGGUUCCUGGAUUGCAGAAUGUUCUGUUCCUUCAUCACUACCAGACCAGUCGGGAGCCCAGAGAGGCACAGAGCCUGCCCAUGUGGGUUGGGUACCCCCACAGGGUUCCAGACUGCCUCCUUCUCAGAGUGAUUUGUCCAUCAGUGGCAUGACUGUGAGCAUUUUGCCCUCCUCCUCUGGCUAUGGCAGUGAUGGGCUGCACUUACACGGGAUCCAGCCUAAAGAUACAGAACCUGAAAAGAGUUCCACGUCCUUCUCAGAAGAGGAUGGCACCCUUUCUCUGGAGGCAAGCCACACCCCAUCUUGGGGUCUGGAAGAGGUAGGUAGGCAUGUUCAAGGGAUAAUCAAACCACUGUUUGGAUUCCUGGCCCUCAAACGUAUUAAAUUAGAGUGUGGUGAGCAAUGAGGAUCUUGGUGCUUCUCGAACUCACCCCCAUGAUGAGUACUGUGAGGUAG